GCUUCCAAGAAACAAGGAGGCUCCACACAAAAUCGCGGAGGGUCACUGCCAAAAAUGCUUGGGGUGAAGUUGUAUGGAGGCCAGAGCUGCCACGCAGGAAAUAUCAUCAUCCGGCAGAGGGGCACAGAGUUUCACCCUGGGCAUAAUGUGGGCAUGGGGACGGAUCACACACUGUUUGCUCUGGUGGAUGGAUCUGUCAAGUUCCACACCAAUAAAUAUCCAUGGAAGCGGAUUGUCAGCGUGUUGCCAAAGUCAGCAUCUGGCCUGCAAUGA